AUGUCUCCCCCGCUCUCUGUGCCUACACAUAAGGCGGGCGAAUUUUUCCAAAAUAACCCGUACGUGCUACCGCACAUGGUGGACUACGUGGUAGCGAGGGCUAAGGAAGGAGGUGCCAAGAACCUGAUCGACGCCUACUGCGGUGGUGGAUUGUUCUGCCUUUCGGCUAGUACCUCCUUCGAGAAGUGUGCCGGGAUCGAGAUCAGCCCCAUGGCGGUCGACUGCGCCACGCGUAACGCUGCUACCAACGAUAUAUCGAACUGCCUGUUCUUGGCGGGGACAGCAUCCAACAUCUUCGCCAACGUCUCGUUCACGCCAAGCGAGACCGUGGUCAUCGUCGAUCCUCCCAGGAAAGGGUGCGAUCAGCUAUUCUUGGGGCAGCUGUUCAAGUUCCGACCGACUAGGCUGGUUUACGUUAGCUGCGACCCCGCCACCCAGGCUCGAGACGCCAAGGAGAUAACGGCCAACGGGUACGAAGCGGUGGACAUCCAGCCGUUCGAUCUCUUCCCGCAGACUCGGCACAUCGAGAACGUAAUCACCUUCCAGGACACCCGGAAACGAGAUUAG